AUGAAAAGCCCCCUGCAUCAUGCCCUCUUAGGUCUAGGGCUAUCAAGCCUCACCCUCGGUGCCGUCGUACGACGCGACGUCGAAGUCCUCCGCUUCUCCAACCCCGUCGGCGUAACACCCGACUCGUUAAACAACAUCCACGUGGAUAUCGUGGAUAAAACCUUCGAAGGACACGUGCGCCUCGUAUACGGUGACUGUGGCAUCGAGCACGCCGGCCAAGGACACCAUGAUAUCGGAAGCGUGUUUAUCGAGCGCGAUGCGCACCCGGAACGGCUCGUUUGGAUUACACCUUCUGAUGCACCACAUUUGCAAUGUUUACAUGCAUUCUCGGAGUCUGUACUGGUAGGCCGCUCGUCGCCUAUCAGUGUUGAGUCGCCGGUGGACAAGCGCGAGAGUCUCGCGGACUUAGCCGACAUGGAAGGACCCUGGUUUGAUGGCGUAGCAUACAUGAAGUCCAAACAACAAGAUGCGGCCGUUGUUUCUAAAGCGAAGAAUACUUCUGUUGCUAUUAUUGGUGGCGGCAUGUCCGGCCUUAUGACAAGCCAUCUUCUCGAAUCCGUUGGCAUCCACGACUGGCAUAUCAUCGAGUCCUCGGAGCGAAUCGGUGGUCGCAUUCGCACAAAAUAUCUCAACAAUUCGUCGCCUGAGGAUUACACAUACCAAGAGAUGGGUCCGAUGCGGUUUCCCGUGAGCAUCACGUACGCGGAUAUGAAUGAGACGCUGCAGAUUAUGGAUCAUCGGAUGGUGUUCCAACUCGCUGGGGUGUUAAAUAAAUUGAAUGCCAAGUCGAACAGAACUGAUUUGCAUGUUAAUUUUAUUCCCUGGAUUCAGAGUAGUCCGAAUGUCCCCGCCGAUAGCGGUGGUGUUCGUCUUCCUGAUGGCCGGAUCCCGAGUGCGGCAGAUGUUGCUGCCAACUCUUCGCUUGUGUAUACAGCAGCGUCGUCGAAUGCCACCGCUGCAGACGAUGCAGAGGCUGCUGUUGACGGCUACACGGAUAUGAAUAACCGGAGCACGAUUCGGAACUUCGCAUCGAACAUGUACAAGAUGCACAAGCAGGCUGUUGACAAGGGCUUGUUCCACUGGUCUGAGGCCGGGUACUUGCGGUACGCACUGGGCUACGACGCGAAUAUCUCAGACUAUGUAGCCGGCACAACAGACACACCGAUGUGGCUGUACGAGGACGUCUACUUCGCCGCGACGGAAUGGCGCACAAUCGACAAGGGUCUCGAGUCCCUGCCGCGGGCAUUCUACCCACACGUCUCCGACAGACUGACCCUAAACCGCACGAUCGACGGCCUCGUCUACAACGAAGCGUCUGGGAAAAUCGCUGUCGCAUGGCGCGACGAUCCCUUGUCCAUGACACCCUUCACAGAGGAGUACGACUACGCCGUCGUCGCCGCGCCAUUCAGCAAAGUCCGUCUCUGGUCCCUACCCCAAUAUUCCUCAUUGCUCAGCCGCGCAAUCUCAACCCUGAACUACGGUCAAUCAUGCAAAAUGGCACUCAUGUACAAAACCCGCUUCUGGGAACACCUCCCCAAGCCCAUCUACGGCGGCUGCGGCACCGUCGACAUCGCCGGCGUCGGAAACGUCUGCUACCCAUCUUACAAAAUGAACACCACCGGCCCCGGUGUAAUCCUCGCCUCCUACAUCUCCGGCACAGAAGCACGCUCGACCGCCGCGCUAACGGACGAAGAACACGUCGCACUAAUCCAGCGCACGAUGGUCGAAGUCCACGGCCCCAUCGCCGCAGAGCAAUUCACUGGUAUUUAUGAUCGACAGUGCUGGGAGGUUGAUCGCCAUCAGGCUGGUGCAUGGGCUUCGCCGCUUGUCGGGCAGCAGGAGUUGUAUUUGCCUGCUUAUUAUCAGACGGAGUAUAAGAGUAUUUUUAUCGGGGAGCAUACGAGUUAUACGCAUGCUUGGAUUUUCUCAGCGCUGGAUUCGGCGGUUAGAGGGACGGUGCAGUUGCUUUUGGAUCUGGGGCUGGUGGAUGAGGCGAAGGGAAUUGUGGAGGAGUGGAUGGGGAGGUGGAUUAAGCUGUAG